UAACGUUGCUGUAAAGUGUAGUUACGUACAAGUUGUACAAAGUUUUUCUCAUCAAUCAAAACAUCGAUUGAAUCCACCGACAAGUUGUUCAUCAUGUUCAAACUGAUUGUUCUAGCAAGCUUGAUUGUCAUCGCCACAGCUUCUCCAGCUCCAGGAAUCAUUGCCUCGCCCAUCAGUUAUGGCCAUCAUGUGUCCUACCACAGUCCGAUCGUCAAAUCCUACGUCCCGGUGGUGAAAUCUUAUCCAGUUUACAAAUCUAUCCCGGUGGUCCACUCGGUUCCCGUUGUGAAGUCCUACGUAGCCAGCCCGAUUAUUUAUUCUGGACAUCAUCACGCCCAUCAUCAUCAUCAUUGAAAUUUUUUACAAGUUAUGUUAGAUGGAAAAUACACUGCCAAAAUCU